AUGGAGAUGCUGGAGCCCCGCGCUCACCCUCCUUCUUCGCCUUCGGCGCCAUCUUGGCUGGGCGCAAAAGAGGCUGUCCCAGCGAAGACGGAGGCAAAAUCCAAGGCACUUAAAGCAAAGAAAGCCGUGUUGAAAGGAGUCCACAGUCACAAGAAGAAGAAGAUCCGGACGUCUCCCACCUUCCGGAGACCAAAGACUUUGCGGUUACGUCGGCAGCCCAAGUAUCCCCGGAAGAGCGCCCCGAGGAGGAACAAG